GGCGGCGUAACCUGCCUCCUCCUGUUGGGGUUUGGCUAUAUUAUUAACGCGUUGGCGUCUUUAAUCCGAUUUGACACUGAGACGAGUUCUGCCUUUUGUAAUUGUUAUUACUUUGUAGCUUCCCCCAGCUUGUUUUCUGUCUGAAUUUGGCCGUCGAGGGGUCUACCUCCAUUCUGGCCUAUGGUUUCAAGAUCCCUGCGCUUCGGCCAGAGGUUGUCCUUAUUAUGCUUGCCUUGGCCCUGCUUAGCAAUGAAGUGCGGAUUUUUAUCCUCCCUUUCUAUUGCUUUCCCUGGCCCUUACUAUUGCGUCUAUUGCCCUCGUUGAAAUGGGACUUGUCUUCUAUGGCUUCUGGGUAGGAUGCCGCGAACGCACUUCUUUCAAUGCUGUUCUCAGCCUCCCGCGCUAGCGCUAGUGCUGACGGAAGGUCUUUGGGUUGUGCUGGCAGCACCAAUGAUUUAAGUGGUCUUUUAAGCCCUGCAAUGGAUGCAUGAGGGGCGUCGUCCCAAACCUCCUUAUUCAGAAUGGUUGCUGUGUCCGUAUUAUGUGACAUAACUAUCUUGUUGGUGACGAGCGGGAGUUUUCUUUCGACCUCGUCAUAGUAUGCUAUAAGGUCGGCAUCUCCUUGCCGAACCAUUUUCAAAUUUUGGCGUAGCACUCUUAGGGACGUUUUGUCCACGUAAGUGGGAUCUAGCCUGGCUAGAAUUGCAUCGAAAUUUAAUAUGAUGUGGUGGGACGUGAGGAGUGUCUGAGCGGGACCGUAAAUUUUGUUUUUUAAAUAUGCAUCUGAUGCAGACUGCCUCCAUAAUAAUAGUAUUUGUCGUGGCUUUCAUUAAAUGUUGGCAGAGAUUUUACAAUGUCUAAUUUGACAUCGCAUUUUAUUUCAGGGUUCGGUACUGCCCUUUUAUAAACCUCAACCUUCGGCGCUAGCACCGAAAGCGCGCUAACCUGCGUUCUAACGGAUUCUAACUCUGAGGCAAAGCCGCUUCUUAAACUCUCAUCCUGGGCGGCAAGAGCGCUGCAGACAGCAUUUGCGACAAUCGUUUGAACCAUAUCCGCGUCCAUAUCUGGUUGGUCUAUGUUCCUUAUUCCGGUGCAGAAUCAAAAUACGGAGCGAUCGGGGAGCAAGAAACAGUGGUUAUAACCUUUGGACGUAACAAAACAAAACAAACAAAAUAAAAGCAGUACCUUUUAUUUUGUAAUCUGAAAUUUUUAAGUGCCAUAUGUUUUCUAAAACGUUAUACAAAAAUUAUAAUGAAUAGCACUACAUCGAUGGAUAAUUUAGCUGACCAGGACUACUCCGAAUUUCUCAGCGAAUAUUUUUUGCAAUCAAGUUCACAUUGCAAUGAGCCUGAAGUUAAUUACGAAGAUGGGGAAAUGGAAGCAGAAUGGUUGAUAUCCGCCGGUUAUCCUGAGUUGACUAAGCCUUUUGAACAAGGGUUCGAGUUAAGUGCAACUGAACUGGAGCCUGUUCUCUCUACAUUGUCCCAACCGUAUGCAGCAGCUAUUGAGCAACGAGUAAAAGCUUUGAAUAAAACGGUUCGGGGGCGCACAAAGUGCCGGUCCAAGCGAAAGCCUGACAUCCGAGACGUAUUUCGGGACUUCGAUGAAUCGAGUACAGGAACACGAUCACGCAGCGCAACUCCAGACUCUUUGGAUUCCAUACAAGUCGACGAAGUUUGGCGAAAUUCUCUUAUGCCAAACGUUGUUCGAGUUUUUGAGAACAACAGUGAAGCCAAUAUUAAAACUAUUCAGCAGUCGAAAGGAACACAUUUAAAACAGAAGUUGCAUCGAACGCCCAGUGUGCCACUUAAAAGUUCAACGUCUGCGGAUAUAUUUCGUGGCUCUCAUGUGCGAUGUGAUAUUCCAUUAUAUUCUGCGCAUGGGGUUGAGUUACUUGGAUAUUCCCGAAUUGGAACCAUACACUUACCACGAAAUCGAUCCGGAUCAGACCCAUCUUGCUCUGUCGGACGAGAUGGUGGUACUUUUAUACGGGAGUCCCAGAGUGAAAACAAUACGUCUUCGGGUGAUUCCAGCGACGAGUACAUGAGUAAAUCAAAAAUAAAAGAUCAGAAGGAGCAGUCCCAGUUAGAAAGUCAGUGCAGUAAAAGUCAUCCUCCGCAACAGCGUGAUGGCCCAAGCUUUGAAAGCUAUUACCGUGAUACCUUAAGUCCAGAUGGCGUAGAAAAAAUUGACUCAUAUGAAACUUCUUUGAAAUUAUUCUCAGACAUCGUUUUAAUAAGUGAAAUUGAUCUUAAGCAUUUACAAAAAACCCUAUGGUUGGAACUUGCUACCAUAUUUGAUCGUAACCAAGUGUCAUUAGACAAACGAAAACCGUUUAAACGUCGUCGAAAAGAGGAGGGUAACCUCUUCGGUGUAUCACUGAACGCCCUCAUACGCCGUGAUCAGCAAGUUACAGGCACUGAUUCUACUCUAGUUCCAAUAUUUUUGGAAAACUUGCUUACCGAACUAUUGAGACGUGGUUCUCGAGAAGAAGGAAUUCUUCGAAUCGCUGGGCAUAAACAAAAGACUGAAUCCCUGUACAAUGAAUUUGAAACAAUAUUUUAUCAAAAAACUGACAAAAUAUCUCAUCUAUUUAGUGCCGCUACAAUCCAUGAGUUGAGCGCAUUGCUUAAACGUUGGUUGCGCGAACUUCCCCAACCUUUGCUUACCAAUGAACUUAUAAAACUAUUUUAUCAAUGCCACAAACUUUCAAAAAUGGAUCAAAGAUGCGCAUUAUCGAUUCUAUGCCAGCUGCUACCACACGAAAACCGAAACACAUUUCGCUCGCUGCUGCAAUUUUUAAACAACAUAAUUGAUUUAAAAGACUUUAACAAAAUGAAUCUACAUAAUGUUUCUACUAUAAUUGCCCCAUCCUUUUUUCCACCCCGGUAUAUACACCCGAUCGACAAAAAAAACAUAGAAGAGCAAGUUAAGAUGGCCGCAGACUGUUGUCGAUUAACUAACGUAAUGAUUUUACUUGGCGAACGGCUUUUCCAAGUACCGAAGAAUUUAAUUAUGGAAUCAAGGUGUAAGACUACUAAGAUGGGUAAAAAAGGACCCUCUAGAAGUGUAAUAUUGGUUUCAUCAAGGGAAGAAAAAUCGGCAGAAACUGGCAGUCCCACCGCAGCCGUUAUUAAUGCACACUCAACUAACUCGAACCAUGUGCAUCGCUUAGUUGUUUAAUAUACAUAAAUACCUGAUAAUUAUACGGUUGAAUUUGGUGCCGAGUUUUGGAAUUUUAUUGAAUUCUUAUUUAUUUUGAUACUUUGACAUUAUUGCACGCUUAAAAAGUAUUUUUUUUUUUAAUUGGAAGUUUUAAUUACACAAAUGAAAUGGAAAGUCAAUAAUUUUUAUGUAGUGUUGUUAUUAUUUUUACGGAUCAAAUAUAAAACAAA